AUGAGUGCUGAGGAGCUGCGUAGGCUGCGCGGAUAUGUCAAGGCCAAGCAAACCCGCAUUUGGAACUAUGCGCAGGACGUAGCGCAAAAGCGAGUAAGUGCAACGUUGGAGAACAUCGCGGUGCGACAGGAGAAGUUAGAGCAAGUCAAUAAAGAAUUCGAAACGUUACAACGGCAAAUCUUGGUGGCUGGGGAGUUCGACGUCCUUCCACCCGAGGAUCAGCGAGAGGAAGACGAAUUUGAAGAGCGAUAUUUGGAUUUGAAGGCAGUUCUCGUCAAGUGGAUCGCCGCAUUAACACCGACCGUGAGUACGGAAGCCAACAACGGGCAAGCGGCCCAGGCAAUCGAACAGCAAGCAGCACAGGUAAUCGAACAGCAGGCCGAGUUGAUUCGAUCGUUGAGAGCUCAAGGUACGACGAAUGUUGAUAAUAAAAUCAAGUUGCCAAUUAUUCGUUUGCCGACGUUUUCGGGUGAGCUCGAGGACUGGAAACGGUUCUCAGACACUUUCACGGCUUUAAUUCACAACAGUGAACUUUCGGCGAUUCAAAAGCAUCAAUAUUUGGUUGGUGCGUUGACGGGGAAUGCAGCAAAAAUCGUGGAGUCGAUCGAGAUUUCGGCUCAAAAUUAUGAGGUGGCCUGGAAUCUUCUGAAAGACCGUUACGAGGACGAACGGGCACUGAAAAAACGACAUUUACAAUGUUUGUUUGAGAUGCCGAGGCUCGAACGAGAGUCAGCGACAGCGCUCCAAGGACUGGUAGAUCACGUGCAUAAACAUUUGCGGAUGUUAAAGGCGUUGGGAUCGAGCACCGACGACUGGGAUGACAUGCUAGUUUACAUGAUCGAGGAGAGUCUAGACAAGGUUACGCGACGUCGCUGGGAGGAGAAUGUUGAAGGCGGACAAGAGGCAUCGGCAGAAAUCAUGUUCGAGUUCUUGCAGAAACGGAGUCAAAUGCUCGAACGAUUACAUAACUCGAGUAAAGGAGAAGCAAAAUCGAAGGGAGUCGUCAGCAAGGCUGGAAGAGGUAUCGCUAACGAGGAGUCAUCAAGGCCAUUCAAAGGGAAUGCAUCCAGGAAGCAAUUUUUAGGUCUCCCAAUACAGGGACGAAUCGACGAAGUCAAGCGAUUAAAAUUAUGUUUUAACUGUUUAAGGAACGAUCAUUUUGUAAACACUUGUAAGGCGGCUUCCUGCAGAUCGUGUUCGGGAAGGCACAAUACAUUGUGUCAUAAAGAAAGAGAAAGCACUACAGUGUCUCUUCCUGGAGCGGUUUGUACGGAGGAUCGUCAGCGUAGCGGAGGAGAUUUGUCUGUGCAUCACACCUCGAGAUCAUCGAGAGCAGGUAUUGUGUUGAUGGCGACGGCGGUGGUGAGCGUAAAGGACGUAAAUGGUUUCAGACAGGAUGUGCGUGUCCUGCUGGAUAGCGCGAGUGAAGCCAAUUUCAUAACUAAGGCAGCUUGUUCUAAAUUAAAUCUAAAGAUAGAAGCAAUCCAAGAGGCGGUGACAGGCAUAAAUAAUGUAGAGUGUACAAUCGAUCGAGGUUGUCGAGUAGUAGUCGAGUCACGAGUAAACGAUCAUCGUUUAUCUGCAUUUUGUUUGGUUGUUCCAAAAAUUACUAAAAAAUUGCCCUCGGCGCGCAUCGAUGCUAAUAAUCUGCCUAUAGCAAAUAAUUUGAAGCUGGCUGAUCCGCAGUAUUUCCAUCCCGAUCGAGUCGACAUGCUUCUCGGUGGUGAAUUUUUCUUAAGUUUAUUAAACCCGGCAAGGCUCGAGGUUGGAAAAGAUAUGCCGACGCUACAGGAUACUAAACUUGGUUGGAUUGUGUCCGGUCCAAUUCCGCCGCGAUAUAUUCUUACUGAACGCGCUAGCUAUUCACUUUGUUUAACGACACGAGAUUCUUUGGAACGUUCAAUAACAAAAUUUUGGGAGAUCGAAGAAGGCGUUAGUCAUAAUUCCGUAGACUUAACAAAGGAAGAACAGGCAUGUGAGCAAUUAUUUAAAGACACGCAUACGCGAACUCGGGAAGGUAGAUUCGUGGUUCGAUUACCGUUUCGCGACAAUAAAACGCAGUUGGGCAAAUCGCGAGCAAUCGCCGAAAGACGAUUGAUGCAUUUAGAGCGAAAAUUCAAGGGCAAUAUUCAUUUCCAACAGUUAUAUAAGGAUUUCAUAAAGGAAUAUAUAGAAUUGAAGCACAUGACUAUUCUUCCAAUCACUUCGAGCGAGGAUGAGAACGCCGUUUAUCUACCGCAUCACGGAAUAUUGCGAAGGUCGGUCGCCGGAGCGAAGCUUCGUGUUGUUUUCGAUGCUUCAGCCAAAACAAGUUCGGGCUUAUCAUUGAACGAUACUUUGAUGACGGGCGCUAAUUUGCAGGAUACGUUAUUUAGCAUUGUGUUACGAUUUCGAAUAUGCCGUAUCGUUUUGACGACAGAUUUACAAAAGAUGUACAGACAAGUUUUAGUGCACGACGAUGAUAGAUGUUACCAGAGAAUCUUGUGGCGUUGGUCUCCAGACGAACGAAUAAGAGAAUAUACAUUAAACACGGUGACGUAUGGAGAAGCGUGCGCUCCGUUUUUAGCAAUAAGAAGCGUUCAACAAUUAGCUAGGGAAGGAAAGGAACAAUACCCGCGAGCGUCGACGGUUUUGUUAAGGGAUUCAUAUGUGGACGAUGUUUUAACGGGAGUAGACAAUAUCGAUGAGGCGAGGAAACUGAUUGACGAGUUGUCAGGAUUGUUAAAGUUAGGUCAAUUUCAGCUGCACAAGUGGCGAUCGAAUUAUGCACAAGCAUUAUUCGGAGGAAACGAUUCGACCGAUUUCCAAGCGAUCGACGACGAGGUCGACAUAGCGAAAACUUUAGGCUUGCGAUGGUUACCGGAAUCUGACAUGCUUCAAUUUGAAUCUGAACUGGGGCGUGAUUCAAGGACGAAAUGUGAGGUAUUAUCAUCAAUAUCAAAAUUAUUCGAUCCAUUGGGAUUGGCUAGUCCAUUGGUGGUUAGAGCCAAACUUAUCAUGCAACGCACAUGGCAAUUAAAGCUGGGUUGGGAUGAUGAGUUGCCGCCAGAUUUGCAACAGGCAUGGAUAAAAUACAUGCAAGAAUUAAUCGAAUUACGCACGAUACGAAUACCGAGACGCGUUAUGAGUUGUGAUGGGCCGCGUCUUCUUAAUUUGCAUGCGUUUUGCGACGCCUCCGAGCGGGCUUACGGGGCUUGCGUAUAUAUACAAACAGUAGACAAUUCGGAUAGAAGUAUGUCGCGAUUGCUUUGUGCCAGAUCACGCGUGGCUCCGAUGGGUGGAACGACGAUCCCGAGAUUAGAACUUUGCGGAGCCGUAGUAUUAGUCGAGUUAGUUCAAAGUGUCAUUGAGUCAUUACACAUCACCAUCGAUAACGUAUACGCAUGGAGUGAUUCUAUGAUCGUAUUGGCCUGGAUAGCCGGCGAUGUUAGUCGUCAAAAAACGUUUGUUUCCAAUAGGAUCGGAAAAAUUCAAUCAAUUUUACCCGAAAAUCAUUGGAAUCACGUAGAAGGUAGAGAGAAUCCGGCAGAUCUGAUUUCUCGCGGGACAAGUUUGGGCAACCUUGAGUCGAGCUCUUUAUGGUGGUCCGGUCCACCAUGGCUUUCCGGACGAUUUGAAAUUCCGAAAUAUCGGCAAGGGGAAAUGAACGAACAGGAGGUUAAGAUCAUGCAAUCAGAGGAAAGAGGCAAAUUGCAAGUCUUGAUCAUACGAGAAGGAAGUGAAUCGUUAGUUGGAGGUAUCAUAGGUAAAAUUUCAUCUGCCACGAAAAUGGAAAGAACGUUAGCAUGGUGUUAUCGGUUCAUGGCGAAUUGUAGACUCAGAUCUCCGAAGCGGAACUUAGAACGGUUAUCGGUGGGCGAGAUAUAUUCAUCACGGUUAGUGUUGAUCAAACAUGUUCAGCGACACGCGUUCGCUCAAGAAAUACGGGACCUAUCCGAUGGGGGUCAAGUAAAAUCAAGCAGCGUAUUGGCGAGCCUGAGCCCAUUUAUCGACCAGAGCGGGGUCCUCAGGGUGGGCGGUAGAUUACAGAAGUCGUUAUUAGAGUACGAAAAAAGGCAUCCUAUCUUGUUGCCUGCAAAAUGUCGAUUCACGGUUUGUUUAUUCGAACGGGAACACAGUCGCAUGCUCCACGCAGGCCCGCAAGCAUUGCUUUUUUCCAUUCGAGGAACAUAUUGGCCAUUGAACGGUCGCAAUAUUGCUCGAAAGGUAGUUCGGGGAUGCACGACGUGUUUUCGUAAUAAUCCUAAGCCAUUGACUCAGAUCAUGGGAUCAUUGCCGUUGGAUAGAAUAAACUGUCGACGAGUUUUUUCUGUGGUAGGCAUCGAUUAUGCAGGGCCGAUUAUCACCGCGAUGAGUAAAGGUAGAGGACGAAAGACCAAUAAGUCUUAUAUCGCCUUGUUCAUAUGUUUUUCUACUAAGGCAAUCCAUUUAGAAGCUGUUAGUCAAUUAUCUUCGGAUGCGUUUGUCGCGGCGUUGCGUCGUUUUGCUGGGAGACGCGGAUGCCCGCGGAAGAUUUAUAGCGACAAUGCGACCAAUUUUGUGGGUGCAGAGCGAGAGCUCGCCGAAUUGUAUCAGGCGAUUCGAACUUCGUUCGAUAAUCACGUAAACGAAUAUUGCUCGUUGAACGAGAUUCAGUGGAGCUUCAUUCCACCUCAUGCACCUCACAUGGGUGGCCUAUGGGAGGCUGGCGUCAAGUCCUGUAAAUAUCAUUUAAAGCGGGUAAUUGGGGAAACUGUGCUCACAUUCGAGGAGCUCAGCACGGUUUUGGUUCAGAUUGAGGCAUGUCUAAACUCCAGACCGCUGUGCCAAUUGCCAUCGAGCCCAAAUGAUUUGCAACCAUUGACUCCGGCACAUUUUUUAAUAGGAGAGUCAAUCACGGGAUUACCAGAUAUCGAUUUAAAAGAGAGUCCUGUUAAUAGACUCGACCGGUGGCAGUUGAUUCAGCGUCUUACACAACACUUUUGGAAGCGAUGGAGUGUUGAAUAUCUUACGUCGCUCCAAGGAAAAUGUAAAUGGACCAUUGAAAGAGAAAACUUGGGCAUCGACGACAUAGUUUUAGUCUGUAACGAUAAUGCGCCUCCAUUGCAAUGGAAGAUUGGUCGAGUGCUCGAAUUGCAUCCAGGUGCGGAUAAGAAAGUACGCGUUGUUACUGUAAAAACGGCAAAUAGUGUAAUCAAGCGACCUAUAACAAAAUUGUGUAAGUUACCCAUCGAUUGCGACGACAAAAUUGAACUGAAUUAA